CUCAGCUUGAGCCUUUCCGUCCCGCCAUCACCAUGUCGCUCUCUCAUUUCCACUCAGCGCUUGCGAACGCUGGUCGGCGAGCAGCUCUGCGACCCCAAGUUGGUGUCUACGCUGCACGCCAGCUUCACUCAUCACAACGUGCCUCUUCGCCCUCUACGAUACCUACGGACUCUACCAAUCCGGCUGAGCCUAUCACCCAAAUUGCGAAGCGCGGCUCGAACCAGCUGAGCUUGGAGACUCCCUCGAACAAGGCGGAGUAUGUCCUCUCGACGCUGGACAAGAUCGCGAACUGGGCACGACAGGGUUCCAUGUGGCCCAUGACGUUCGGUCUUGCGUGCUGCGCCGUAGAGAUGAUGCACAUGGCCGCGGCGCGGUACGACCAGGACCGUCUGGGCGUCGUGUUCCGUGCGAGUCCUAGGCAGUCCGACAUCAUGAUUGUCGCGGGCACGCUGACGAACAAGAUGGCCCCCGCGCUUCGCAAGGUUUACGACCAGAUGCCCGAGCCUCGAUGGGUGAUCUCCAUGGGCUCAUGUGCGAACGGUGGCGGUUACUACCACUACUCAUACUCAGUUGUUCGCGGAUGCGACCGUAUCGUCCCGGUCGAUAUCUACGUCCCCGGUUGCCCCCCGACAGCCGAGGCCUUGCUCUACGGCAUGCUCCAGCUCCAGCGCAAGAUGCGGCGGAGCAGGAAGGGCGUCCUCUGGUAUCGGAAGUAGUUUAGCCCAUGGAUAGACUAGUUUAUCAGGGACCAUUCUUACUACUAUUUCCUAUUGAGUUGCAGAAUGAACGAUAUUCGAGCCCUGUCGUUUGCUGUCGGCAAGACGUG